AUGGCUGCUGACACCCUGAGGAGACUGAUCAACAAUGAGACCUGCAGGAUUUUACAGGAGAAGCUGGAAAGUUGGUAUAAAGACUACCACAUUAACUCAUAUGAUCAAAAUUUGACUUUAUGCUGUGAAAUCAUGGAACUGAGUGCCAUGAUUCAGGGACAACUGUUUUCGAUUCUCAAUCAAGCUUGUCAAGAAGGUGGCAAUUAUACAGGUAUGGAAAUAAUAAAAUCUCGUCUCCUCCCAUGGUUGGGUACUUGUUUUUCUAGCCCCACUUCUGGAAGGACCUUGGACACAUGUUCUUCUGUCUUACAGGAAUCUCUUGAGAAAGACAGACUGCUGAGGGAAAUAAGCAGUACCCGGAACCAUGAAGUUCAACAGCUGGAAAAAGAAUUGAAUGCCACCCGGUUACAGCUCAGUAUGCUGCAACAAGACCUAAAGGCUUCUCGUGCAAAAGAAGAUAGCACUUUGCAAAAUCUAGAGCGGCUGAGUGACUACGAGAAUCAGCUUCAAAUGCUAAAGGAUGAUAUUGCUAUCCUUAGGUUUCAGAACUCUCGUCUUCAAAGCAGACUUGCACGAAGUCGAUCUCCUUCUCCAAGAUCUGCCCAAAGUAGAUCGCCUAGUCCACUUCCAAUACGAAGCUUUUCACCUAGCCGAGGAAGACUCUCUCAUGCUUCACGCCAUGCUCGCCUUGUGGAACAUUUCACUGACAUCUAUACUCAGGAGCGCCAGGAUGCUCAAACUCUCUUGAGGACCUAUAUUGAUGAUCUGGAAAUGGUGCAGAGAAUAAUCUAUAUUGCGGUUGUGGAGUCCUUCCGUGCAGCAAAGAUGGCCUUCAGACAGUUCAAAAUUCGUGUUAGAAAGACACUGUCCCUAAGUUACUCAGGGCCUGAACCACUUGAAGAUAUGGUGAUGGACUAUAUCAUUCGUCAGGAAGAUCUGUAUGAUGUUCAGUCCAGUGUCAAUGAAGUCAUCCGUGUAAUGAACAUCAGUCCUAAGAUUUCUUUCCCAGCUGGAGUUGAUUUUAUCAUGAUCAGUGGUUUGAUACGAGAGUUGUGCCGCUUAGCUUUUUCCAUGCAGACUCUUGACCCACCCCUUGAUAUUUCUUUCGGCAUAGAUGGGGAGCUGUUCAACGAAUACAAAUACCGUCGCAGCUAUGAUUCUGAUUUCACAGCCCCACUGGUUGCCUAUCAUGUCUGGCCAGCUCUCAUGGAAGAAGAUUCGGUGAUUGUGAAGGGAGAGGCUGUAACUAGAAGAGAUGUUCUGUGGUCUUCCAGGAGCAGAAACAGGAGCUGCAGCCACAGACGCAGCCGCAGUGUUAGCCCUCUGGCUCGUAGUACAGGCUACUCCCGGCAUUUGCCAACUCGAAGCCGGAGCCCUUCCCCACUAAGGAACGGAAGCCCAAGUAAGUGGGCCUAUUCAGAAUGUAGGCAGCUAUGGCUUUAA